CUCGCCUGCCCCACGAUCGUCCACCGGACUGUGCGCUGUCACCGCACGGCCUGCUCGCGUGUGUGCUUUGGUCGGAGCUGGCCUCCGGGCCGUCCGUCCCCACUGGUCGGGCCAUGCCGAGUCGCCGCGUCGCCAGAUCGUCCGCUGCGCCGGAGCCGGGGGCCUUGGGGUCCGCUGACAUCUCGCUCUCACUGGCUGUUUCCAGGACCACGGAUGAAUUGGAGAUCAUCGACGAGUACAUCAAGGAGAAUGGUUUCGGCCUGGAGGAGCCGCUGGGCCGCCUGGUGGCCCCGGCUGCGGGCCCCGGGCCGCGGCCUCACCUGGUCAUCACCGAGCAGCCCAAGCAGCGCGGCAUGCGCUUCCGCUACGAGUGUGAGGGCCGCUCGGCCGGCAGCAUCCUGGGCGAGAGCAGCACGGAGGCCAGCAAGACGCUGCCUGCCAUCGAGCUCCGGGACUGUGGAGGGCUGCGGGAGGUGGAGGUGACCGCCUGUCUGGUGUGGAAGGACUGGCCCCACCGAGUCCACCCCCACAGCCUGGUGGGGAAAGACUGCACCGACGGCGUCUGCAGGGUGCGGCUCCGGCCUCAUGUCAGCCCCCGGCACAGCUUUAACAACCUGGGCAUCCAGUGUGUGAGGAAGAAGGAGAUUGAGGCUGCCAUUGAGAGGAAGAUUCAGCUGGGCAUUGACCCCUACAAUGCUGGGUCGCUGAAGAACCAUCAGGAGGUGGACAUGAACGUAGUAAGGAUCUGUUUCCAGGCCUCAUACAGAGACCAGCAGGGACAGAUGCGCCGAAUGGAUCCUGUGCUGUCUGAGCCUGUCUAUGACAAGAAGUCCACAAACACGUCAGAGCUGCGGAUUUGCCGAAUCAAUAAGGAGAGUGGGCCGUGCACAGGCGGUGAGGAGCUCUACCUGCUUUGUGACAAGGUGCAGAAAGAGGACAUAUCGGUGGUGUUCAGCAGGGCCUCCUGGGAAGGCCGGGCUGACUUCUCCCAGGCCGAUGUGCACCGCCAGAUCGCCAUUGUGUUCAAGACACCUCCGUACGAGGACCUGGAGAUCCUUGAACCCGUGACCGUGAAUGUCUACCUGCAGCGGCUCACUGACGGGGUCUGCAGCGAGCCUCUGCCCUUCACGUACCUGCCCCGGGACCAUGAUAGCUAUGGCGUGGACAAGAAGCGAAAACGGGGGAUGCCUGAUGUCCUUGGGGAGCUGAACAGUUCUGACCCCCAUGGCAUCGAGAGCAAACGGCGGAGGAAAAAGCCAGCCUUCAUGGACCACUUCCUGCCCAGCCACAGCUCAGGCCAAUUCCUCCCACCAUCAGCCCUGCUGCCAGACACAGACUUCUUCCCCAGCACCGUGUCCCUCCCCGGCCUGGAGCCCCCUGGCGGGCCGGAUCUCCUGGACGACGGCUUUGCCUACGAUGCCACGGCCCCCACGCUCUUCAACAUGCUGGACAUGCUGACCCCAGCGCCCCCUCUCGCCAGCGCUGUUAUGGGCAACGGAGGUGCCGGCACCGCGGUUGGGGAGUCCCCUGGCCCUGAGCCACUAACACUGGACUCUUACCAGACCCCGGGCCCCGGGGAUGGAGGCACUGCCAGCCUCGUGGGCAGUAACAUGUUCCCCAACCAAUACCGCGAAACGGGCUUUGGGGGCAGCCUCCUGUCCCCAGGGACUGAGGCCACGUAGCCCUCACAGUGCCAGAGGAAUGCACUGGGUGGGGAGGGAGGUGGCCGGGCCUGUGGGAACUCAGCCUGUAGGUCCGGCACCCCCAACAGCCUGGAUCAGUCUUCCGACUUCAUCCAUCUGAAACGGACAUCUUCAACGCAGGCCAGAAGCUCUGUCGCACCGGUUUCCCCUUGAGCCUAUUUCACAAAAGAGAAAACCGAGUCCGGAGAGAAAGAAGGGCUUGGUACACUGCCUCAGCCCCCAGGAGCGGGGCCCCCUCUCCAGGCGGAUGCUGGAGAGGACACUUGGGAGGAGGGUGUAGGUCCCCCGCCCUUCGCCCCAGGCCCGAGGGUGCGGGGGUUGGUUGGUUGUUCAGAGUCUUCCCAAUAAAGAUGAGUUU